AUCUUUUCUCACUUUCUUUCGCACGUGGGCCGCGGCGCGCGGGGCCGGGGUAAUACGUAUUUAACUCUAUGGGUAAAGGAAACCAUAGAGUUAUAAACCUAAACACGUAUUUAACUCUAGUCUAGACUAUGGGUACCGGGUAAAACUGAAUCAUGCGCCCUUUUUUCAACGAGAUGUAGCAGCAGAAGAAAAGAGAACGAAUCCCUUGAAAAGCAAAUCAUGAAAUAAACAGCCCAAACUAAAAAUAUACUGUAUCAGGGAUUGAAGAGAGAUCAGGACAUCUACCACAUUGCUGGACAGCUAACAAAAUAUGUAUCCUGCAGGAGGCCCUCCAAGUCAUAACCAAGGGUAUCCUGUGCAGUAUUCAAACCAAGUGAAUUCAAGACAAUGUGGACCUGGGCCUCUGGUAAAUAGGCCAGGAACUAUACAGAACAUCCAACAUGGCAUUUUGGGUCCUCCUCCAAUGCUGCCUACCAACUUUGCACCAGUUCCUGUGAUGACACCAAUGUGUCGCUCUGCUUACCUACCACCUCCACCUCAACCACAGUUCAUGCCCAGUGCUAUGUUGCCCAGUCAUAUUCCUCAACAUAAAGACAGCCAAGGUCCAGUUAUGCAACAAGAUAAUUUUCAGAGAGGGGGUAGAUCUUCAGGUCUUUCUCCUUCACACAGUAUGGCUAUGGGUGGCUAUGCUCACCAAGGUUCCACUCCUGCACCUCCCCCUUUAUUCCGCCCAGGCCCCCAAACACCUUCGCCCAAGGGAGCAUCCAUAGAUGACCAGAAGAAGCUCAACAAAUCUGAAAAAGAAGAUCUAUAUCGCAUGUUUGGGGUUGUGUUACAGCAGCAUGGACCAAUAGAAGUGACUGAUAGCAGACUUCUAAGUGUGUUUAUGGGAUUGUCACCAUGGAUGCGCCAGGGUAUCAAGUACCUUGGUGGUCUGAAAGACUUCUUCAGACAGGGAGACAUCUUUAAGGUCGAUGGAGAUGUUGUUUCUUUGGCAUGGCAAGAAGAGGAGGCAGAAGAUAAACCAAAGCAAAGCAAGAAACCUUGUCCUUCACCUGUGGCACCCAAACCUAAAUCCCCCAUCUCCUUCAAAUCGAAGUCACCAUCUCCCGUAGGCAAUGAGACAUGGGAUCUAGAUAAUGAUAGCAAAUCUAAGAAUGUACCUAAAUUACAAUCAUCUAUUGACAAUGGUUCAGAAUCAUCAGAAGAUGAUGGAGAUUGGGAGGGAGAGGAGAAGCAGGGCUGGUGGCUUUUAGACCCUCUCCCAGGGGAGGAUGAAGAUUGGAAGGAGAUGACACCCCUCCAGGGAAAGAUGGGAGGUGGAUACUAUGAAGAUUUCAGAAAAUUAGAAGAGAAAGAUAAAAAAGAUCCUGAGGAAACUCAAAAGAAACUAGUGUUCACAAGCCCUUCCACUGGUGGCAAUAAAACAGAAAAGGAAGUGAAUGAUUUGCCUAUGAAGAAAGAUGAGGGAAAUCUGAUGAAAGUACAGAAAACAAGCCCUACCAUGUUUGCAAGUGUAAUUGAAGAGGAACAGAAUGAAUCUUCUCCAAAGAAAGAUGACACAAUUCAAAAGAAGUUGGUAUUUACAAGUACUCCUUCCCUUGGAACAGAAAAUGUGAAGACUUCCCCACCAAAGAAUGAUAGCCCCACUCCUUGGAACUGGGAAGAGUCAGCCAUUGCUCAAGAAGCAGAGGCAGAAGUGAGACGAGAGUCUGUGCUAACCCAUAAUACAAAGCAGUCGGGUCAUUCUCCUGCAUCACUCAGUAGGGAGAAUAAUAUGAAUGCUGCCAGAUCAUGGCCAUCAGAUGUCGAGGGACCAACAGAUAUGAAGUCUUUGGAAGAGAAGAGCGAUAGCAGUAGCCAGGAAGAAGAGUAUGGUGGACGGAGCACCGAGAUGGUUUAUCGGUCUGGGUCUCUUCAUCAGGCAGAAGAUGAUGUCAUCAUCCUUGAGGAUAUUGAGGUUAGUGGUACAGAAGAGGAGAUUCGUAAAGCUGUAGAAGGUACUGAUAGUGCUGAGGAUAAGAGUGAUAUCUUCACAGAUGCUCUGGGCAGUGGCCAAGAGGAUGCAGAUAAAGUAGAUGAAGAGCAAAGACCAGGACACUGCAUUGAAGAUGAUGUGGAAACAGGUAACAUAAAGGAAGAUGCUGUAAAAAAGGACAUGAUGUCUGAUAUGAUUUCCAAAGUGAUCAAUCUUGCAAUCUCCAAGGUCACCAGCUCCCAACUUGAAGGUACUGGCAAUCAAGAGACUGACCAAACCACUGAUCAAGAGACAGACCAAAACAUACCCAGUUAUAUACCCAGUUAUAGUAAUAUUUCCAUAAGUGCGGAAGAAGAGGGUGUGUCAUUCAGUUGCACGGAAUCGGGAUCAUCAAAAUCAGUUAGGAGUGUUGGUGUUGAAACACCAAAACCUUUACAAUCACACAAAGCGAUGUGUACCAGGGAAAUCAAAACACGAAGCAGCAAAGUCAACACUAUUACUGUGUCUACUGUCAGUAGACGUGUGGGAACAGGAGAGGAUCCAAGAAUUGAAGAACUUACACGUGAUUUGGACAAAGAGUCUUGCAGACGCAGACAUCUUGCUGAUGACUAUGAAGACCUGUCUAACAAGUAUGAUAGACGGAAGUUGGAGUAUGCAUCAGAAACCAAAGAAAUAAAACGCAAACUGGACCAAACUACCAGAGACUUGGCGGAUUGCCAGCGCAAACUCUCGAGCAAGGGAAUUGUACAGCUUGACGAAUUAAGAAAGACUACCAUGGAAUUGAAAGAUUCAGAGAGCAGACUCAAUGCAGCAAAAUCAAAGAUUGCCCGAGCUGAUAAAGAAAAUUACAAUCUGACCAAAGAACUGGAGAAGACUACACGUCAGCUUUUGGAUCUUGAGAAAUCAGAAGCCAAGAAACAGGAGAGUGGAAGAAGCCGUAGUACAUCAACAGGUGGACUGGAACAGGAGAAAGAUCCUGUCAUGGAGGAAGAGAACAAGCUAUUAAAGAUGAGAUCCAGAUCUGCUGAGCAAAAGGUAUUAGAACUUCAGUACCAGUAUGCAAUGCAGAGUCUCAACAAAGCUCUACAAGAAAGUCAGUACAUCUUUAGAAUGUAUGGUAACUCACUCCUUAGUAGCUCUCAUCGUGAGCUGUUGCGUAUGAAGUGGAUGGAUUAUCAGAUGUACAUCAAGGAGAAGACUGAUGAAGUUGCCACAUCUUAUUAUAGCUCCCUCAAAGCUCUUCAUCAAGAAGUUCCAUUAGCCGACAUCCCAUCACUAAAAACCCAACAUGUUGAGACAUUCAACCCAUACAAGCAAUCACCAGUAAAGGCUGGUGAGUUUGGCUACAUCAAUCCUGCUGUAACUGGCUUGGCUACACCAUCCCAGGCCACCCUCAUAGAUCACUCUAUGCCUGUUGUACACCCAGGAGUGAUGGGUGCUGGAGAGGUAAACCCCUCUAUCCCUGUGGCCCCUACCAGUGUACCCACCAAAGUUCCCCCAGGUCUUGCAGGAGCCGCAACCCAAGCUCCACCAGGACUCUCUAAUGCACAGGUUUCUGCAGGUAAUGAUCUCUCUAUGACCUACAUGCAAGCUCAGACCCAGAGAGGUGCCCCUGGGAAAGUAUCAAGGAGGGUACCACGUAAGGCUCCUAAGGCACUCCUAGCAGCAAACUUCAUGUCCUCUCUUCAACAUACCACCAAAGUGUAUGGCAGUGGAGCUGCAGUAACUCCUCCUAGUCAACCACAGUUUGACAGGACGACUGGUGGGCAUGAUUUGGGUUCGCAAAGUCAAGUUCAUGAUUGGUUGGAUAACAUGGAUACAGAUACCACCCCACAGAAUCAAGUGAGUGCUCCAACAUCAAACGUGCAACGGCCACCAUCGGCCCAAAGUCUUACGGAACCCCAGAUCCCUACCCCAAUGGAUAUCACUGGCACACAGCAGCCAGAAGGUAUGGAUGCCCAUACUACCAGUGUACCAGACCAAGUGAUGAUGGCUCCAACGAGUGGCAUGACCAGACCUGCUGGUAUUGGGCGUGGUAAACCUCGCUCCACUUCAGGAAUGAGCACACAGCCUCCUGUAUUCCCUACUAUGGAGUCAUGCAGAGGUCCUGUUGAGGCUAUGGAUGUUGGUGUGAGAACAAAGACUCCCGAGUUACCAGAUGCUGCCCCCUUUUUGAGUGAAACUGCUACCUCCACCAGUAGGGCAUCCUCCGUCUCCAACUCCCGUUCUGCAUCACCGUUGCUCACCUCCCAGCUACCAGGAGUCAUGGAACGCCUUUCACGUCCAUCUGGAUCCAAGCAGGCCUCCACUGCAGGGAGCCUCUCCAAGUUUACCUUCCAAGCAGCUGGAGUAAUGGAGCGUUUGUCCCGUCCGCCUGGAUCAAGGCGUGGGUCUCCUGCUGGAGCUGUGGCAGGAGCCAAUGCACAAACAGAAUCUGCUUCCAGACCACGUCCCUCCAGUGCAGGAGAUGCUCUGCUUGAAUCCCAAGGGAGUAUCAAUGCUGCCAAGGUCAGAUCUGUAAGCCUUGGAGGAGGAGCAGGAAGUUUGCAAUCAUCAAAUGGACCUUCUACUGGUCAGGAACUUGCCCAGCAAGCCACCUCUGCCAAGAAAGAUGACUCCCAAGGUGGUGGCACAGGUAAUGUGCCUCGAUUCCGAUCUCGUCAGCUGAGGAUGCCAUAUCAUCGCGGUGCUGAAGAGGAGCAGAGUGGAGGAGCUUCAAGUGAAGGCAGUGGUGAAAGGUGGACUACAAAGAUUAACAAGCGCAAGCGUAGAGCUCUGAAUCUUGUAGAACAGCAGACACAAUUGAUCAAAGAAUACCGUCACCUGACUGGGUCACGUGACACCAAACCAAAUGAACCUCCCCAGGGCAUUAUUCAACCUCAAAAGCAGGGUUCGUUGGAUAAACUGGUCUCCUAUCUCUCUAAGCAGUUCAAAAAUAUGACCAGGAAAGAGCUGACGGAUUCUAUUCUACAGGUUCGUUUGGAUCAUAACGGAAGUCUCAGUGGUAUCGCCAUGGGGACGAUCAUCUCAGAAGCUAGCAGUUACCUCACCCGAGCAGAAAAGAAGAAGAAGAGAAAGGAUUCUGAGAUAGUUGGUAUGUGUGCAGUCUGUCAAUAUGAUCUGUAUGGUGAUCCAGAUGAGAGAAAGCUAGAAUGUGGGCAUAACUUCCACAAUAAGUGUAUCAAGACAUGGGUGAAUGAGGAAGGGACAUGCCCGGUUUGUCGUAAACACACUCUCUUUCCAGAAGACUUUCCAAGACUGCAGUAAAGUGCCACAGAUUACAAGUCUUUUCUUUGAAAGCCGUACAUCAAUGUAUAUAUGUGUGCAUUUUCAUUCUUUUCUAUAAAUUGUGUCCUAGGUUUUCAGUUGCUUUAUUUAACAAAGUCCUGAGAAAAUUAGAAACAAUAAACCUUGAACUUUCACCUUGAUUUUUGUUGUUGUUAUUACAUGUACAAAAUUGCCAACUCACAAAGUGUCAAAUUCUGCCAACUCAAAAGUGCCAAAGUAUAAAGUUCAGUAUAAAAUAUUAAGUAAAUGAAGUUUUUGUGUAUUUGUCUAUAAGGAAUAGUUUGAUGACAAUAUACUUGAUGUAUUAACAAAGCCAUUCAAAUAGUUGUUGGUAUUGCAUUUUUAAAAAUGGUGCAAAUUUUGUAUUAUUUUGAGCUUCAUUUUUGUUUUGUAUUGAUUGGAAAUAUUGGCGAUAUUACUUUUUUACAACAUGAAUAAAACAACUGCUACCUUUGAAAAUCAUGUUUCAUACUGUACCGGUAUUUUAUUUUUCUAUAUUCAGAUCAAACAUGAUACUCAUAGAAACAGCGUAGUACGUUUAGUUAUGUGAUUUUUUUUCCUGAUGUGUUUCAAUAAGACAUUGAACUCGGACAUUUCUUUAUAAUGUCUUGGCUUGACAAAGUUUAAAUGAAAAAAUAAUUGCAUUUGCUUUGUAGAGCAGUAGGCCUAUCAUCAUGCAUGCUUUUAGAUUAAGAUUAGUUUAGUGUAUGGGUAUUAGUUUGAAUAUCUUUGUUUUGUAGGAAUCAGAUGAAUAUGAUGAAUGUGUAGCUAUGUAGCUAGAUGCCUUUGCUUCUGAGAUAAAGAUAUUCUUAUGUAUAUCACUGGUCUUUGUAUUUGGGCCUUAUAACAUUGUGAACAUUAUGAUUAUUUUCAAUGAUUUGUGAAAUGUAAACUUCUUCAAAAUGCUGUCCUGUCACAUGACGGUUGUUUCUGAUAUUUACUCUUUCAUUAAUUUAGGAUAUACACAUCAUUGCAGUAAAAUCUGAAUUUCAAGUCCAAUGUUUCCAGCCACUUUUAAUUGACUGAACUGGGGCCCGUUUCAUAAAGAGUAACAUAUGUUGUAACUUUGCCAUAAUGACAACUGCCAUGGUAACCUUGAUUGUGAUUGGCUGCUGAACCCUGUUACCAUGGUAGUUGCCAUAGUGGCAAAGUUACAACAGAUGUAACUCUUUCUGAAAAAGCCCCAGAUGGAUAAUUGCUUUUCCAUCCUCGCAAUAAGCUUUGAAUGUUUGGGUUAAAGGAACAAGUUAUGACAGGAAUUUUAGUUUUAGAAUAGAGUGAGAACAAGGAUUUUGGAUAGUAUGGAGCAUGCAGGCUUAUUCUUGACUUGAUAUACAGAUUUUCCAGAGCUAAUUUCUUUCCAAAUAAAUUUCUUGGGAUCCAGCAUUAUAAAUUACAUCUAUUGAAACGUCUGCACAGAGACCAUCAGUGGGAAAAAUUAGUAUGGUUAUUUUAGCACUUUGUGCUCUUUAAAGUAGCAGUUGCAUUAUUUUAGAGAAUGCAUUAGAACUACAUUUAUUUCUGUGACCUACAAGAAUAAUUUGCACCCCUUUUUAUAACCUAUAUUUUCAGGAUGCAAGCUUAUUCCAUUAUGUUGACUGAAAUGGAGAUUGUUUGAAAUAUGCUGAAGUAAAAAGUGAAGAGGCUGAAUGAAUAAUGUAAAUAAAAAAGUCUCUCCGAAACAUUCCAAAAAGGUUAUGCAAAGAGACUAUCAGUAUUAUAUAAAUAUAUUGAUUUAUGUUUAGCAUAAACACGGUGAUCAAAACGUCAAAGUGCCAAAAUACAUGUUGGUGGAGAUCAAUUAAAUGUUUUACUCUUUGUUUUGAAUGUUUUGUAUUUUCAGAGAAUAUUUAACCUAAUGAUUAUGUGAGUUUUGUGUUGUAAGCCAGUACUUGAUUCACUAAUUGCUAGGUCUAUUUCAUUUUCAACUGUUAUCCUCAUAAUUUGAUUUAUUCUUAUGGUUUAGUAAUCUCGAGAGAUCAAGCUUUCCAAAAAGGAAGCCAAAGGGACUGAAAAGGAAAUUGAUGACAUUAUUUAAGAAGAAAAAUAUGUUUUGUAGAGAACUGGAGCUGAAAUCAGUUUCAAAGGCAGUUCCCAUAGAACAGGUCCAUUUGAAGAAAUCAAGAAUAUUUUUACCUUAUAAAGUUGAAAAUUACAUCAAAUUAUCAUAACAUAAAAUGAAAGAAAAAAUAUUAAUAUUUUGAAAUUUUGCAUAAUUAACAAAACAGUUUAACAAACGAAUCAGCAGGUAUGCACACUCGCCAUUUUUCACAUUUCAAUUUUUUUCCACAUGAUAAUCCAAGUUGGAUUGUCCCAUGAACAUGUGGAUUGCUGUAACCUAUUGUGAUACAAUCAAGGGUAUCACUGUUAUAACAAAUUUAUUUCAUAUAAUCAAAUACAGAAGAAAUAGUGUAUGACAUCAUAGACCACCUCAUCAACACAUCACCUGUCUUGUGAAUUAAACUAUUAUGUGCACCCCCCCAAAAAAAGAGAAAUACGUUUCAUUUUAAAAACACCUUUUCCCUGCCUGUUCUAAUCAACUUGUUCAGGGUAGAUUUGAGUUUGAAGUGAUGAGAUUAGAAAAAAAAUCCCUCCCUCCCAAUAUACAAUGCAUUCCUUGUUUAUGAACAAUUUUAGCUAUGACUAUAUCAAUACCGUUUCCUCUGGUAUUUAUCAUUCGACCAAAUUGUGAAAUAUUCACAAUUUAUCUGCUUGUGUGCUAUCAUUAUGUAAAAAGUUAAUUGAAACUAAUUAUGUUUUUGUUAAUGACGUAAAUGGCAGUGAAUGGACUGGUGACUUUAAGUAUUACACCUGAUAUAACAAGAUUUCUGCUACAAGAAAGUUAGAUGUUUCCAAGAUUUUGUUGUGCCAGUGUUCAAAGUAUGCACGUCAAAAGUACUAUUUUGCAUGUUUAAUCAAAGCUGAAUAUUAAUGGCUGAAACAUUCAUGAAUUGUCAGUAAUGAAGUGGUUUUCACUGUCUGCUGUUCAAACUAAGAAAAUAAUUGAAUGUGAUUGGCUUAGUAAAUUUGUCAACUGCACAAAUGCGUUUUUCAUAAAGAACAUUGAACUAUGAAGAAGUUAUCAAGAGAGAUAAUUACCUCAUACAUAUACAUGUAUUUUUUGUUCAUUCCAUUUUUCCUCCAAGAUGAUGUAUAUAUUGACAUAAGUCAUUGUUUUCUUUACUGCCUUUCGAUAUCCAUUUGCUUACAGAUAGGUUUUGUUAAUCAUUAUGUGGAACAGUACCAAGUCAUUUUCAGAAAUGUGUUCAAGUAUGAUUGACAUAAAUUUGUGUGUACUAGUGUGCAUUUCUUCUCGGAAAAAGAAGUCUUCAAUAAAUCUGAAUGUACUUGA